UGAUUUCCAAUUUUUAGAUUUACAUGAUUUAAAUGAUAAUGAUAAGAAUCAUUUAAUAAACAUUUUAAAAUCUAAUGUUACUAAUAAUACCUUAAAAUUACCAUGGGAUACAGUUGAAGCUAAUAAUGAUGCUAAUGCUUCCAUAACAGAAAUUCCACAACUGCAUAAUCAAUGGUAUCAUAAUGUGCCACCACCACCCUCAUAUGCACAGCAAAUAGUAUGUAGCGAUUGGCAAGGACCAGCAAUGUAUCCUGUUCCAACAGAUGCUCACAUACAACCAUUUAUGCCUGCAAUGACUUAUUCUCAUCCUGGAUAUAAUCUUGGAGGUGAGAUUCAUGAUGUUAACUGUAAUAGAGAAACUAAUAGAAGAAAUAAUAGAGGGAGAGGAAUAAAAAGAGAUAAUUUUAAUCGUGGAAUAAGUACUGCAAAUGAAAUGCAACCAGGAUAUAUGGGAGAACAAGGACAAUUUCAUCCUCCUUUAUCUUUUGUUGUUAUGUAUCCAGAUCAAACACAACAACAACAAUUCUCCGGUCAUGUUCAUUAUCCUCCAUUAGCUAUAUAUCAGCCAAAUAUUCAUACACAUACAAGCACACAUCCUCAUACCCAACCUACUUAUGGAUAUUCUCCAUAUCAUCAUCCUUCAGGAAAUAUAAGAUGUGUUCGACAAGCAGCACCUAUACUUUCUCAAUCUACUCAAGAAUGUACAAAAAUACAAACUACAAAAUCUCAUGAGAAACGAAUACAAAAUGUUUAUACACCUGUCAAACAACCUUUUCAUCAAAUAAAUGAAGAAGAUAAUUCUUCGCAGACCAAUAUAGUUACUACAGUAAUAACUGUAAAUAAUAGUAAAGUAGAACAAUGUACUAAUAAUGUGGAUGAAAAUAUUAUCAAUAGAAAAAAUUCAGCCACAAAUGGGAAAGUACCUCCUGUUAAUGUUAAAAUAGAGCAUAAUAUUGUAUCGACUGUAAAUGAAAAGUGUAAUGGAACUGAGAAAAAUGAUGUACCAUGCGUAAAUAUUAAUAGUAGUAUUGAAGUGAAACAAAAUGGAGAAACCAAUAAAGAAUACAAAAAUGAAACUGUUUCUAGUAUUAAAACUACUGUUGUUAAAACAUUAUCAAAACCAAUUUCUAAAAAUGAAAAUGAAAUAUAUAAAGAAGAUUCUAAAAAAUGUAUUCAAGAUGAAAUUGUCAUUAAAACACCAAGUAAUUCAUCUAAUGCAAUAAGCACUCCUGCUACAUCAUUACCAACUUUAUCUAGUGUAUCUUGGGCUAGUAUUUUAAAAAAAGGAAGCGCAGAAGCACAAUCAAAUCCAUUAAAUUACAAACCAACAGCACGCAUUAAUCCUCUAUUGAUUACAGAAAACAAUACAACACCAAAAAUUAUACAAUCAAUAGAGAAAGAUCAAUCUAGCACAACAGUAUUUAUAAAUGAAAAUAUAUCAUCCAAUUUACAAAAUAUUGAAAAUGAAAAUAAAAAGUCACAAGCAGAAUCCUUACAAAAUCAUUACAAUGAUCCUAUUGCUUUUCGAAUGGGUGAAUUUUUACUAAAUUAUCAAAUGGAUAAACAAACUGUUAGUUUAUUACCUAGAGGAUUAACAAAUCGUAGUAAUUAUUGUUAUAUUAAUAGUAUAUUGCAAGCUUUGCUUGCUUGUCCACCUUUUUACAAUCUUUUAAUGGCUCUACCACAUUCUAAAAAUCCUAGUAAAAUGUCUUCCACUCCACUUAUUGAUAACAUGAUCAAGUUUGUACAUGAAUUUACACCUUUGUCAGAUGGUGCACGAUUAGCUAGAAAAGAUAGAGCAAAUAAACGAGGAGAAGAUACAAUAGUAGAUAUACAAAGUGGAGUGGCUUUUGAACCUUUUUAUGUAUAUACAAUGCUAAAAAAUACAUCAGCUGCAGGUGUGUUUUCAGUAGAAGGACGACAAGAAGAUGCUGAAGAAUUCCUUUCGUGCCUUCUGAACGGUAUCAAUGACGAAAUGCUUGAACUUAUUAAAUUAGUAAAUAAUGACCAAAAUAUAACAAGUAAUAUUGAAAGUAAUAUAAAUUAUAAUAACGGAGAAGAAGAAUGGAAGGUUAUGGGUCCAAAAAAUAAAGGAUCUAUUACACGGUGUACUGAAUUUGGAAGAACACCAUUGUCAGAUAUAUUUCGUGGACAAUUGAGAUCUAGAGUAUCGAGGGCAGGAGAACAACCAACAGAUAACGUCCAACCUUUUUUUACAUUACAGCUUGAUAUUGAAAAAGCAGAAUCUGUUAAAGGUGCACUAGAAAUUCUUGUUGGAAAAGAUCAAUUAGAAGGAAUGACAUGUAGUAAAACAAAACAACAAAUAGAAGCUUGGAAACAAGUUACUUUAGAAGAAUUACCUGUCAUUCUCAUAUUACAUUUGAAAUGGUUUGAUUACAAACUCGAUGGUUGCUCAAAAAUUGUGAAAAGUGUAGAAUUUCCAAUUGAUUUAAAAUUGGAUAGCAAAUUCCUGUCACCAAAUGCUAUAAAAAAAUUAAAUCCCAAGCAAAAACAUUAUAAAUUAUUUGCAGUUACCUAUCAUGAUGGAAAAGAGGCAACAAAAGGUCAUUAUGUUACAGAUGCUUUUCAUGUUGGAUAUGGUGGUUGGGUCAGGUAUGAUGAUAGUUCAUUAAAAGGUAUUUCUGAAAAUAAUGUAUUAAAACCUACACCUCCGAGAGUUCCAUAUUUAUUAUAUUAUCGACGAUGUGACACUAUUGGAAAUAAUCAAUCAAAUAGUGGUAAAAUACGUUAAAAUCAAAAAAAUUAAUUAUGAAUAUAAAUAAAUUUAUAUUCUAAGCCUAAAGAGGCAACUUACGAAAAUAGAUUUUAUAGAUUCGUGGUUCUUGUUGAUAUUUGUAUCUAAGUACAGAGAAUGUUUCUCAAUCAAUAUCAAGAAAAAAUAGAAAAAUAUUUCUUUUUAAUAUGCUUGUACUUUCAUGAAACAUUUGUACUAAGAUUGUUGUUAUGAGAUUUAUGCAUAGUUUUCUUAAUACGCGAAAUAAAUAAUAGUUAAAGUUGAAGUUAAAGAAGAGUUUUGAUUUUGGUAUUCAUAGUUCUAUCAAAGUUAAUAAGUGCUUACACAUUACAUUUUAUCAAAAUAUUAAAUGUCACAAUCUCUUGUACAUAUCUUUCUUAUUCUAUUAUGAAUCUGUAAUGUAUAAAUCAUAUACAUAAUAAUCUUGUAGGAAAGAGAACAAAAAUAGUGAAAGGUUUUUCUACUUUAAUGACAAAAUUUCUAUGAAAUGCAAAUUUUAUAUAUCUAGAAAAAGAUACAUCUUAUGCCUUAAGUUAUUUUUGUAUAUAACCUUCCUAUGCUCAUAUUCCAACUACCAAUUAUUUGUUAUUUUAGCAUAUAUAACUUAAUUAGCUAUUUUUUAAUCAAAAAAAUAUAAUAAAAAAAUUCUAUAUGUAUAUAUAUAGAAUUUUUACAUAUAUAUGUAUAAAGUAUCAAUCUUAUAUUGGAAAAAAAUAAAAAUAUUCUUAAACCAAAGAAAUAAUUGGUAAGAUGGAAUACGAAUGUUAU